AACCAGAACCAGUAUUGUCGUAAGCAGCAAGGACUCACCCAGUUCGUCGUAGCUCCCCGCGAUGUUCCCGGCUCCGCACCAGAGGGUCCCUGGAAGGAAUUUGGACUUGCUCCAGGCUCCAGACUGACCGGGUCAGCUGCCGCUCCCUCCGGCCAAGGAGCCCUUCCCUUCCCUUUCCCUCCAAAGUCCAUUUCUCGGUCAAGCGUCCGUCCAGAGGCCGCAGCCCAGUCCGUCCGUCUUUGGGACCCAGUGCUCCGUACUUUGUCAUGCUGCGGGAUUUGAAGUGCGCCCCCGACUCAAGGGAACCGGGCUGGUACCUGUCGCUGAUGGCCCCCAACGUCAAGGGCCCCAAAUACGCCUGGCUGGACCCUUCCCGCCUCUAUUGCCACCACCAGGCUUUGCACGACUGCGUGGAGGACCUCGUCCGGCCUUUUCGGGACGAGGCCAUUGACUUGGUGGCGGGCAUCGACGCCAUGGGCUUCAUCCUGGGGGCGGCCAUGGCCAACGCGCUGCAGAAGGGCUUCCUGGCCAUCCGCAAAGCCGGUCAUCUCUGCGUGGAGACCCUACAACAGCCCUACCGGGACUACUCCGGGAGGGACAAGUUCAUGGAGGUGCGGACAGACGCCAUUGGCCCAGGCCUCCGGGUCUUACUGGUGGACCAGUGGGUCGAGACGGGAGGCACCAUGCAGGCCGCUGUCCAACUGGUGGAGCGGCAAGGAGGCCGAGUGGCAGGCAUCGCUGCCAUUUGCAUCGAAGACAGUGAAGGAGGCCGACGGCUGAAAAAGCAAUACAAGUGGAGCCACUGCGUCCCGACGGAGAUGAUGCCCCGAUUCAACGCCCACCGAUUAGACGCCAACGGGGCCCAGGAAGGCUCGGAGUGAUUCGAACACAGUAGAUUGUAAUAAUAAUAUGGGUCUAAAGAUUUGAGCCGUUUGUGUGCCUUUAUGUACUGUAACACCCAUCUUCCAAAAAAGAAACAACGGCAAGAUUUUGGAAAAAUCUAAUUUUAUUAUCCAUAAUAAAUCCUGUAAAUAAUAUCCAGAAAAGGUGGGACAGCAUGGUUGCGCUUUUCAACACUGGGUAUUAUUAUUAUUAUUUGAAUUAUUUGAAUUUGAGUCCACAGCAGACACUGCUGGCUGUUGUACUGGAUCAUACACUAUUAUUAUUAUUAUUAUUAUUAUUAUUAUUAUUAUUAUUAUUAUUAUUAUUAAAUUGGUAUAAGUAUGGCUUUGGAUUUCCACAAAGCUAGAAAAAUUAUAAUUUGGAGUGGGAAUGCAAUGAAGGUUUCCAUUGGGAAGAUGGUCCCGAUCCAUCCAAGACACAGAUCAUUUCGGUUUUCCUUUGGUUUCGGAAACUGGUACAAAAGUUCAGUGCAAAUACAGCAGCGGGCAAAUGCCGUGUCCUCAUUGGCAGCAAUUGGAUUUCCGGCGCUUUUCCGUCUGGUACAAAUCCCGUUCGUUGCUGUGGAUCCCUGCAAGAGGAAGACACAGAGGCCCGGGAAUUACCGUAUAUACUCGAGUAUAAGCCGACCCGAAUAUAAGCCGAGGCACUUAAUUUUACCACAAAAAACUGGGAAAACAUUGACUCAAGUAUAAGCUGAGGGUGGGAAAUUUCAGAAAUAAAAAUAGAUACCAAUAAAAUUACAUUAAUUGAGGCCUCAGAAGGUUAAAUGUUUUUGAAUAUUUACCUAAAACUCUAAUUUAAGAUAAGACUGUCCAACUCUGAUUAAAUCAUUAUUCUCAUCUUCUUCAAUGUAAAUGUGCUUAUGUAUCCUUUUAAUAAUAAGAGUGAAAUAAUAAAUGUAAUAAUAAUAAUAAAUGCAGUAAAAUAAUAAAUGUAAUAAUAAAUGUAUUAUUAAUAAUAAAAAUAGACAAGAUCACGAUCUGUCAUCUGCAAAAGGCCACCCUACUGGGAUCUGUGCGCAUCAUCCGAAAAUACAUCACACAGUCCUAGACACUGAAGUGUUUGACUUGUGAUUUUGUGAUACGAAAUCCAGCUUAUCUAUCUUGUUUGCUGUGUCAUAAUAAAAUAAAAAUAGAGUAAAAUACAGUAGAGUCUCACUUAUCCAACACUCGCUUAUCCAACAUUCUAAAUUAUCCAACGCAUUUUUGUAGUCAAUGUUUUCAAAACAUGAUAUUUUGGUGCUAAAUUUGUAAAUACAGUAAUUACUACAUAGCAUUACUUCGUAUUGAACUACUUUUUCUGUCAAAUUUGUUGUAUAACAUGAUGUUUUGGUGCUUAAUUUGUAAAAUCAUAACCUAAUUUGAUGUUUAAUAGGCUUUUCCUUAAUCCCUCCUGCUUAUCCAACAUUCUGCUGGCCCGUUUAUGUUGGAUAAGUGAGACUCUACUGUAGAUACCAAUAAAAUUACAUUAAUUGAGGCCUCAGUAGGUUAAAUGUUUUUGAAUAUUUACAUCAAGCUCUAAUUUAAGAUAAGACUGAUCAAAUCAUGAUUCUCAUCUUCUUCAAUGUAAAUGUGCUUAUGUAUCCUUUUAAUAAUAAUAGACUGCAAUAAUAAAUGUAAUAAUAAUAAUAAUAAUAAAUGCAGUAAAAUAAUAAAUGUAAUAAUAAAUAGAGUAAAAUAAUAAAUGUAUUACACUAGAGUCUCACUUAUCCAACCAACGGGCCAGCAGAAUGUUGGAUAAGCGAAUAUCUUGGAUAAUAAGGAGGGAUUAAGGAAAAGCCUAUUAAACAUCAAAUUAGGUUAUGAUUUUACAAAUUAAGCACCAAAACAUCAUGCUAUACAACAAAUUUGACAGAAAAAGUAGUUCAAUACACAGUAAUGCUAUGUAGUAAUUACUGUAUUUACUAAUUUAGCAUCAAAAUACAGUAGAGUCUCACUUAUCCAAGCUAAACGGGCCAGCAGAAGCUUGGAUAAGCGAAUAUCUUGGAUAAUAAGGAGGGAUUAAGGAAAGCCUAUUAAACAUCAAAUUAGGUUAUGAUUUUACAAAUUAAGCACCAAAACUUCAUGUUAUACAACAAAUUUGACCAAAAUAGUAGUUCAAUACGCAGUAAUGUUAUGUUGUAAUUACUGUAUUUAUGAAUUUAGCACCAAAAUAUCAUGAUAUAUUGAAAACAUUGACUACAAAAAUGGCUUGGAUUAUCCAGAGGCUUGGAUAAGCGAGGCUUGGAUAAGUGAGACUCUACUGUAUCACAAUGUAUUGAAAACAUUGACUACAAAAAUGUGUUGGAUAAUCCAGAAGCUUGGAUAAGCGAGGCUUGGAUAAGUGAGACUCUACUGUAUUUACAUAGACUGUCCAACUCUGAUUAAAUCAUUAUUCUCAUCUUCAAUGUCAAUGUGCUUAUGUAUCCUUUUAAUACUAAUAGUGAAAUAAUAAAUGUAAUAAUAAUAAAUGCAGUAAAAUAAUAAAUGUAAUAAUAGAGUAAAAUAAUUUCCAAACAAAUUGUAAGAAAAACAGUUUCAGCAGUAAUAUUUAAAGACAGUACAAGCAAACUGAUCUGUCUUAUUUCUUCCAUGUGGAUGAAAACAUGUCGAUUGCAAUGAUGCACGUUACAGUAUCCAUCAUCAUUUGGACACUCCUUGCUGCUGUUAAACAUACUUCAUUUUUAAUUGCAUCCCUUAUUUUUUGGUUCCAAUGUGAGUAACCCACCAAGGAUUUCAUUUUUUAUUCAUUCUUAAUAAAGGGAUGUUUUUGAAAUGGGGGAGCCUGGUAUUAAAAAUGUAAAAAAGUAAAUUUGCAAAGAGUUAAACUUAUUUAUUUCAAAGUGCAUCUUUAUGUUUUUAAAGUUGGGGUUUUUUGUAUACCCUGAAAAAAUACUUUAUGGUAGAGCACAUAUAAAAGAGCUCUCUGUUCAUUCUUUUGUAUUGGAAAGAGCAGUUCUAUACAAUAAAUUUCUAAAACCCC